GAGACUUUAUGUGUUAUGUGCACUGCUCUUGUUUACCAUAUAUAUAUAUAUAAAAGCCAUCAGCCACUCCUCAAUCUUCACUCUUCACUCUUCACUCUUCACUUCACUCUCUCUCUCUCCCUUUUGAGAAUUUUCAGGUUGAGUUUAAUGGCAUUGCCUUUGCCUGCUCUCAAAGCACAGCUCAGUAACUUUAUCCAAUCCAUGUUUGACGAGGGAUUGUUGGAUGGCCAGUUUGCUCAAAUCCAAGCCUUGCAAGAUGAAGCUAAUCCCAAUUUUAUUGCUGAAGUGAUCACUUCCUUCUGCACAGAUGCUGAGAGAAUCAUAACAGAAUUGAAUAACUAUAUGACUCAACCAAAUGUGGACUUCUCCAAGUUGGAAUCAUGUGUUCAUCAGCUAAAAGGAAGUAGCUCAAGCAUUGGAGCACAACGACUGAAACUUGCUUGUGCAGAUCUUCAGCAGGCUUUCAAUGAAAAAGACAAAGGAAGGUGCCUGCAAGCUUUAAACAUAAUCACACGUGAAUAUUGCAAUCUUGGACGGAAAUUUAAGACCUUAAUUCAGCUGGAGAAAAGAAUCUUGGCCAAUGAGAGCAACCAACAGCAACAAGAUGGUUACAAUAUCACUGGAUCUACAUAAGGAAUCUCACAAGCCAUUUCAUAUUUGUAGUUAUAAACUUCUUCUAAUUUAUCUACAUGUGUGUGUUGUUCAUGGCUUGAAAUUUUGAUUGUGUUAAUCUUACAAUAAACAUCACCAACUGUUAUCUUAAAUUCUUGUUCUUUCUGAUGGUGAAUUAUGAUGUCUGUC